AUGUUUAGGCUUUUGAGCCAAAUUUUCACUUUCUUCCGAAGAAGGGCGGACACCAAUGAAGAACAGCAGGAGACAGUGCAAGGUGAGAGCAAAUUGAAAACUGUGCAAGGAUUUGUGACAAGUUUCGGUAGCGAUCAUGGCUGGAUUGAUGAGUCCAUUUACUUCAGUGCUGAUGCGACUGGCAAUGCGUCUCUAAAAGUUGGACAAAAAGUUACUGCGGUUGUGGAAGAAGAUGAACUAUCUUCCAGACUAAAGGCAAUCAAAGUGGAUGCUAUCUCUGAGAAUUUUGAAGUCGUUAUACAACCAGACCCCAAAAUGAGAGUUUUAGCUGGCUGUGUUACCCGUGUAAAGAAAAAUAUUGUAUACAUUGAUAAGAAACUUUACUUCUCUCUGGACAUCUUUUCUACAGGUUUUGUGCCCUAUAAGGGUGACUGGGUAGAAAUUGAGUAUUCUAAGAAGUCAAGGAACUCAAAGAUCAAGGCACACUCAGUGAAGCCCAUGAACUGUAAGCAUGUGGAAAAUAUUUACAUUACUUCAAUAGAGGAAAGAAAUGGGGUGAUCGACUACAGCAUCUUUUUCACCUUGGAUUCUCUGAAGUGUCCGGCUGGAUAUGAACCUCAAGAAUAUGACCUGGUCAAUGCUGUCAUAGUGGAGAGUACCCAGGUGGGCUGUACAUGGAGAGCAGUUUCCAUCACCCCUGUGCAAAGUUCCUUGUAA